CGGUCAGGCCGCGCAGGACGGGGUGGGGGUGAGCGUAGCGGGGCUUGUGAAGCCUCGGCCCGGCCUGGUCCAGCUGCACUCUCUGCGCCGCUGCUGCCGCUACCACGGGGGGUAAGAGCAGUUAUUUCACAACAGCCACACACUAUAGGAGGAGGAGGAGGAGGUGCACUUUUACAAAGAGCAGGGAGACUGACAGGAGCAUGAUGGUUGGGUUUUUGGACCUGUGAGGCCAGAAAGAGGAGAAAUGGCAGUGCACGUUUUUAAAUGCCUGCGCCGGCCCGGACGCUAGAGCAGCCAACAGAGGUGAGUGCAAGAGUGUGUAGGCCCAUCCAGCGUUGUGACAGGAGCGUUAUGGAAUAUGAGGAGCCAGACUUUCUACCUGCAGACACCCACAGAAAAAAAGGAGGUGCCGUGUCCAAGAAGACUCAUUUGACCCAGAUUGAAGUUAUCCCAUGCAAGAUUUGUGGAGAUAAGUCCUCUGGAGUGCAUUAUGGAGUCAUCACAUGCGAGGGCUGCAAGGGCUUUUUCCGGCGCAGCCAACUUCCUACUGUAUCCUACUCCUGCUCCAGGCAAAGCAACUGCCAGAUCGAUCGAGCCAGUCGGAACCGCUGCCAGCACUGUCGUUUGCAGAAGUGUUUGGCUCAGGGCAUGAGCAGAGAUGCUGUGAAAUUUGGCCGCAUGUCCAAACGUCAGCGGGACUCUCUUAUUGCUGAGGUGGAGCGACACAGACAGCAGCAGCAACAGCAGCAGCUUCAGGGAGACACCCAGGUGACACUGUCCUACCCAACUAAAAACCGCCAGGACCGCUCCCCGCAGCUCCUUCAGCCCAUGGCCACAGCAUACUCCUACAGUGGGGACGCAGAGCUGCUGCCCUACGGCGCUGAGGUCCACCCCUAUCUGGUGUGCUCCCCGAGUGACUCACAGCUGUCAGGGAUGAUCUACCGGGACUCCCCUACACCCAGAUCCCAGGGGAGGGGGGACAACAGUGGACACCAUGAUGUUAGAGGAUUUGACUCAAGACAGCAACCUCAUGAUCUUAUGGCUCUCCAUCCCUACAAUCCUCUCGAUGAUUUGUACAACCUUUAUCCCCAUCCUCUGCGAAACAUAGAUGAGCUAUGUGCCAGCAUCGUCCGUUCCCACAGAGAGACCAGCCAGUACAGAUUUGAGGAGCUGCAGGCUCUCAGAUGGAAAGUGUUCAGCAGAGAGGAGAUCCAAGCAUAUCAGAGCAAGACAGUAGAUGAGAUGUGGCAGCACUGUGCCGUCCGACUGACUGAUGCCGUUCAGUAUGUGGUGGAGUUUGCGAAACACGUCCCAGGUUUCCGUAUGCUCAGCCAAAACGACCAGAUAGCUCUCCUCAAAACUGGCUCCAUGGAGGUGGUUCUGGUUCGCAUGUGCCGCUUCUUCAACACUGUGAACAACACGGUUUUCUUUGAUGGAAAAUUUGCUGGAACUGAAGUCUUCAAGUCUCUGGCGUGCAAUGAUUUAAUUGCGGCGGUGUUCGACUUUGCUCAUGGGAUGUGUGCUUUGAAACUCACAGAGCAGCAGCUCGCCCUCUUCAGUGCGCUGGUCCUGGUCAACGCAGACCGUCCAUCACUAGAGGACAGAGGCAGAGUUCAACGAGUGCAACGAACCGUGGAGUUGGGACUCACUCACAUUCUUCACCGAGACAACCAGGAUAGUCUGAUGCAUAAGCUCCACCAGAGGAUGGCAGUGUUGCGUUCGCUGUGCAGCCUGCACAUGGAGAAGCUGCGCUGGUUCAGCCAACGAAACCCGCUCAUUGCUCACUCUCUGUUCCCGCCGCUCUACAAGGAGCUGUUUGCAUCCGAGGCCGAGCUGCUGCCAGGGGCCACUCACUGACCAUCCCGCAGAAGAUGCAGACACACGCACACAUCCACAGACAAGCAGAACCUUAAGUUUUAAUAGUAACUUGCAAAGGAAUCUGUAUUUUGAUUAGGAAAAAGCUGUAAAUGUAAUGGAUUAUUCUGUGAUUUCCUUUAGAUAGGUUGAUUAUUUCAGGGACCGUGAAUUUUGAUGUUAUUUGAGGGUAUAUUUUUACGAUUUAUUUUGUCUCAGGAUGUACUGUUGAGAUUCUUUCCAGCUGUAGCUACUGAGUGUGUGUCACAGUUUGUUCAUGCAAAGAUUCACAGAGGCAGGAUGCACUGGCAGCUUAGACUUAAAGUCACAGUGACCCCAAAAUCGUCCGGCAAAUUAAAACAUUACUUAAUGCUUUUACUUUGACAGUGUGUUUGAUAUUUGCUUGGAUUCACCCUAAUAAUGACUUUGCAAAAUAAACAGAAGGUAUGGAAACUAAAAAGUUAAAUAAAAGGCAGAGAAAACUUCUGCUUUAGUAAAAGUUUGGCCCGAGCUAAAACCCAGAGUGUUUCUUUCAGUGGUGCUGGCAGUAAUUACCACACUGGUUUAAAAAAAGAAGAAAAACCAUGCUGUUCUUUCCAGUAAAAAAUAAGCAAUAAGAGUAACAAACUGUAACAGAUGUUGACCCCAUUUCACAGGAAAAACAUUACAUAACCCCCGUUUUUCUGCUGUCACUUUAUUUUAUUUUCAUAUUUCAAGUCAGUGCAAAGCUUCUUUAUUGUUCAUGUACAGUCAUGUUGAUGUAAUGUUGAAAUGUUAUUAUUUUUCUUGUUCCAUCAUUCUUGCUUCUGCUCAGUGUUUGUUUUCCAUCAUUGCUUUAAUAAACGAUACAAAAGCAGAGAGAUGUUUAGCCUCA